CCUCUAGAGUUAGUGUCUGGAGAAGUCAUUCUGUCAAGAGCAUUGAUUUGUGGUGUGGUGACUGAAUACUAGAUCUGUAAGGUAAACUGCAACAAUGACUAAGAAAGGAUUCAAAUGGAGUGAUCAAUACUUCAAUGAUUUUGUCGAAACGACUACAAUCAAUGGUGUUUUCCAUAUUUUCAGGGGGCGAACUAAAACUAGACGCCUCUUGUGGGGGUUGCUAUUCUUUAUUUCAUUCGUCUCGUGCACUAUCGUAUUAGGCUUUAGUUUUAAGCGAUACUCUGAGAAACCCACUGUAUCUGCAAUCAACGUUAUCUUGGGAGAAAAUGGAAUACCUUUUCCAUCUGUUACAGUGUGCAAUCAGAAUUUUUAUAAAGAUCUCAAUGUUAGUAAUGAGACAAAUGCUCUCAUUCACCAUCUCUUCCAUUCGGGUGGUUUUCUACACGACAUAAAUCGCACGCAGCAAUGUAAGAUAGAUGAGGACAGGCAUGACUUUGAAUUGCAAGAUUUGCUGAUACCGAAAGAGAACAACUUCAUUCAUUAUUGUGCCUUCAGUCAUCAAGCUGAAAGUGAAAUCAUGUUAUGCAAGGAUAAGUUUUUUCCUACAUUGACACCAGCAGGCAUCUGCUACACGUUCAAUGGCGUUAGAAGUAAAACAAGAGCUCCAAAAAUGACAACAACUGGCAAAAGGUAUGGCCUGAGGCUGAUACUGAAUAUUGAACAAGAGACACAUCCAGUAUUUGAUGGAGUUGCUGGAGUUCAAGUGAUUGUUCACGAAUCAAACGAUAUUCCUCGUCCAAAUUUGCAUGGUGUUGGUGUAUCACCUGGUCAGAAUGUUGAUAUUGGAGUGAAAAGGGCAAUUAUGUUUGACGAAACGGAUCAAGAUGAAUGCAUAAAAGAUAAUGGAAAAGAUCUCCCUUUUCUACCAGGUGUUGUAUAUUCUCAGUAUGCCUGUCGACAGAAUGAGCUCUACGAAAGCUUGGCAGAUAAAAACUUGUGCAAUUGUAUUAUUGAUCCGUUUGAAUUAGGCAAUGCUACUUGCUCUUCGCAUGACCUCUGCUGUUUACAGCAACAAUUCACUGAGCAUGACCGUAACAGUAGCUGCAGGCCACCAUGCAAGUAUACGUAUUAUGACAUAAUGAAUAGCUACUCCAGUUUUCCUGAAGGACAUGCUCUUACAGAAAUAAAAAACUCAAUCAAUGCCUCUGAAGAUUACAUCAAGAAAAAUUUUUUGUCUGCCAGUGUCUUUUUGCAAGCUCUUGAAACAAGAGAAACGACGACACGAUAUUCAUACGGGGUGGUUGAACUUUUAGGAGAAUUAGGUGGGAAUCUUGGACUGUUUCUUGGCAUCAGUAUUAUAUCAGUCAUGGAGUUAUUGGUUCUGGUCAUUGAUGAGGUUAAAAAGUGUGUCUGUCCCAAGAAAGUCAAACAAAAGUUUGAAAAGUUUGAUGACAAGCUUAAAUGCAUUCCCGAUUGUGUUGAGCAAGAGGAAAAAGAUGAAAAUACAUCAGGCCCAAGUGCUGAGCUUAAUAAAAUUGCAUAAAACUGCAUAACAUCAUUUUUGUGUGCUCUUAGAUUCAUUUCCUUUGCUGAUUUUUAGAUAGCUAGAUUAUAGAU